AUGACAUCUUAUUCUUGUUGGGUUGAGUUUGGCUCAUACAAGACACAUCUCACCUUUGGUAAUCCCACAAACUACGACACCCUCAUACUGACCAUUAGAAAGUCGGAACAACUCGACAUUCCACGCGGUCAUUCAAUCUUAUUGUACAAAGAUAAAGCCUUGACGACACUCCUUGAUCAAGAGUUGGAUGUUGAUUUCAAUCUUACUCGUAUCUAUGUUUCUUCUCCAGCUCAACAACAAGCAAUUCUCUCAAAUUUGGAACAACUAGAGAAAUAUUUGAAUGAUUUAGGAAUAUCUAGUCAAUACAAUGAACAAGAUGAAUCGUCACCAUUCAUGGACAGAGAUGAUGCAGUUGAUUCAGUUGCUAAUACUAUUGAAGAUAUGUACUCUGCAUUCAAAUCCGAGGACAAAACACGAGAGAAUCACCCUUUUAUAACGUGUAUUACUGGUUCUGGAAUGGGAAAGACAACAUUUGGUCGGGAGUGUCAUCGACGUUUGAAGAACUUCAACUUCUCUGACAAUGAGAUCUCUCAGGCCAUGAAGUCAUCUCGCUACAUAUUUAUCGAUUUCAAUGGAGGUGGGGAUCGACUUGAUGAAUCGGAUCUAUCCAGAGACCCUGACUCUAUCUCUGUCGCGCUAGAGAAAAGAUUAUUUGCUCGUGCCAUCAUGCACAAAUCUUUUGAUGUCAUCUCUAAACAUCUCACUCAGACCAAUGGGCUCUUCUCGUUUGGAUCAACUUUUAGAUAUCUUCGAAAGAAAUUAGGUAUAAGCAAUGAAAUACCCAUUGCAAUCUUCUUGCACCUCGACGAGUUCCCAAUGGCAAACGCCUUUGUGGUAGAGAAUAAUCACCCUUCGUUUGUCAAAAUAAUGAUCGAGGGGCUUGGUACUUAUAGAUGCAGAGGAGAUAGCAAAUCUGAUGCAAAUCAAGACAACAUAUUCCUCAUCCCUCUCCUCACUGGGACAACAUCAAACGGUACUGAACCGACCAUGCUCUCAAAAUGGAAAAUGAAUUGCGUCAAUAUUUUCCCAAUCUCACUCGAUUCCUCACUUUCAAUGAUCAAGUCUAUGUGCAAGAAACCUCCUCUUCGAUCAAAAAAAGAAUCGAUCUUGGAAGAUCGACAAUUCAUCACUUUUAUCAAUGAUCUCGGUAUUAUUCCCCGAUCUCUCAUGACAUCCAAUUUCCAAUGCGCUCAAAUUUCGGUGGGUCUCCAUUUGAAGAAAUCACGGCCAUCAUUCUCAUGUUGCGUAACAACUUGCAUACGGACACUCCAUUCACAAUUCAACAUCUUUUCCCAUCCUCAACGGGUAUUCAAAAUUCUUUCAACAUGGUUCCAAAAAAGAUUCACCAUAUCUUUAAAGAUAAAUACAAGUGGAUUGAUGGAUCUCCCCAAAGCCCCAAUAUUCAGGUCAAAAGUGAAAUAG